AUGGCCCCCACCGCCAUCCUCGAGCGCACUACCGCCACUGCCGUCGACUCGAUCGCCGAGCUCAAGGCCAAGAUUGCCAACGGACACGCCACUCACCCCAACGGCGCCCCCAAGAGCGCCCUUGUCCGCGACGGUCCGGAGCGCAAGCCCGUGGCCGACGACUACAUGUACGAUUUCAAGUACAACGCGCCGCUCCCCACUCUGGAGCGCCUUGGCACCGACUUUGCCGAGGACACGGACGCUGUCAAGAUCGCCGAGGACUUCCUCGUCACCCUGCAGGCCGCUUUCGCCGACCCUGCCAAGUUCACCUCGCUGUUCAUCGAGGACGGUGUCUGGCGCGACAAGAUUGUCUUUGCGUGGGAGUACCGUACCUUCAACGGCACUGCCAAGAUUGGCGAGGCUGCCAAGGACCUGCUCGCCAACACCCCUGUCGCCAACCUCAAGCUGCUCUCGCCUACCCCCAAGGUCGACCGCCCUUAUGACGACCUGGCCAGCAUCCAGAUCCACUUUUCGUUUGACACCGACAAAGUCGGCGCCUCGGGUGUCGCCAACGUCGUCAAGACCACCGAGGGUAUCAAGAUCUGGACCCUGCACACAGUCAUCGAGAGCCUGCUCGACUUCCCCGAGCUCCCCAACCGCGACGGCCACAUGAUCGCCCCCGUCUCGUGGGCCACCCAGCGCGAGCAGGACACCGACUUUGAGGGUCGCCAGCCCGACGUUGUCAUCGUUGGUGGUGGCCACAACGGUCUCAUGAUGGCCGCCCGGUUCAAGGCCCUUGGUGUCUCGGCCAUUAUCAUUGAGCGCAACGAGCGCAUCGGCGACAACUGGCGCAAGAGGUACGAGUCGCUCUCGCUCCACUUCCCCCACUGGGAGGACCACUUCCCCUACAUGCCCUACCCGGAGCACUGGCCCGUGUACACUCCCGCUGGCAAGCUCGGCGAGUGGCUCGACUGGUACGCGUCGGCCAUGGAGCUGUACGCCUGGACCUCGUCGUCGGUCACCUCGUGCAAGCAGGAGGACGACGGAUCGUGGCGUGUCGAGGUCAACCGCGGCGGCCACGGCCAGCGCGUCUUGACCCCCAAGCACCUCGUCAUGGCCACCUCGCUUGCCGGUGUGCCCAUGAGCCCCUACAUUCCCGGCCAGGAGGAGUUCAAGGGUACCCUGCGCCACUCGACCACCCACGACUCGAGCCGCGAGUGGGUCGGCAAGAAGGUCCUCGUUGUCGGCACCUCGUCGUCUGGCUUUGACACGGCGUACGACUUUGCCCGCCGCGGGGUCGACGUGACCAUGCUCCAGCGCUCGCCCACCUACAUCAUGUCCCUCACCCACUCUGUCCCGCGCAUCAUCGGCAUUUACGAGCCCGACAAGAACGGCAAGCGCCCCGACCUGGACGAGUGCGACCGCAUGGCAUACAGCAUGCCCGUCGGCCCCAGCGAGGAGCUCGGCCGCCGCCUCGCCGAGGACCUCGAGGUGCUCGACCACGACCUGCUCGCUGCCAUGGAGGCCCGCGGCUUCCAGACAUGGCGCGGUCAGCGCGGCACCGGCACCCAGACGCUCGGCUACUCGAAGAACGGCGGCUUCUACUUUGACGCCGGCGCAUGCGAGCGCAUCAUCAACGGCGACAUCAAGGUCGAGCAGGGCUGGAUCGAAAAGUUUGACGGCCACAAGACCAUCCUCAAUGGCGGCCGCGAGAAGGAGUACGACCUCGUCAUCCUCGCCACUGGGUUCAGCAACACCAUCGACUCGGUCCGCGCCACCCUCGGCGACGACGUCGCCGACCGCUGCAACGACAUCUGGGGCGUGGACGAGGAGGGCGAGCUCAAGUCGGCAUGGAGGGACUGCGGCGUCCCCAACCUCUGGAUCAUGGUCGGCACCCUCCAGCACGGCAGGUACCACUCGAAGCGCGUGUCGCUGCGCAUCAAGGCCAUGCUCGAGGGCAUCGCGGGCGAGAAGUAUGUCAAGUAG